CAUCGUGUGCAGUGCACGAGUUCAGCGCAGGGUGCACAAAGAAUUUUUCAAGUUUGAAUCACCAAAUCAGCCCAUCAAACUUGAGGCCCAAGAAAUCCAGCGGAAAGGUCACAAACCCUAGCGCCCGGUCGUCCGGUAAUAAAACCCCUCCCGUCGCCGCAUUUCCUCGUCUCUCCUCAAAACUGCACACAGAAAGAUCGAGAGGGCAACAGAGAGGGUAGAGCGAUGGUGUCGCUCAAACUCCAAAAGAGGCUCGCCGCCAGCGUGCUCAAGUGCGGGCGAGGAAAGGUCUGGUUGGAUCCCAAUGAAGUCAACGAGAUCUCCAUGGCGAAUUCUCGCCAAAAUAUUAGAAAGUUGGUCAAAGAUGGAUUCAUUAUCAGGAAGCCCAUGAAGAUCCACUCACGAUCUCGUGCAAGGCGAGCAUUGGAGGCCAAGAGGAAGGGACGCCAUUCUGGAUAUGGUAAGCGCAGAGGUACUAGGGAGGCUAGGCUUCCCACCAAGAUUCUUUGGAUGAGGAGAAUGCGAGUUCUGAGGCGUUUGCUGCGGAAGUACCGGGAAUCAAAGAAGAUCGACAAGCACAUGUAUCAUGACAUGUAUAUGAAAGUGAAAGGUAAUGUCUUCAAGAACAAGAGGGUGCUUAUGGAGAGCAUUCACAAGUCUAAGGCUGAGAAAGCAAGAGAGAAGACUUUGUCUGACCAGUUUGAAGCUAAGAGAGCUAAGAGCAAGGCAAGCAGAGAGAGGAAAUUUGCUAGGAGAGAGGAGCGGUUGGCUCAGGGUCCAGGUGAGCGAGCACCAGCAGCCGCACCUGUCUCUCAAACUGCCGAGGCACCUAAGAAAGGAAAGAAGUGAAACUCAGGUGCAGCAGGUUAUAUGGUCUCAUAUAUGGUAUUAUCUGGAGAGUAGAUUUUUUGAAGUUCAAGCUAAUGUUAAUUUUCUUUAUUGUAAUGUUUCAUGAGAAAUCGACUGCUUGGGACCGAUAUUGCAAGACUUAUUUGUAGUUUAUUUCGAGUUUUUGUGUUAAGCUGGUAUAUUUAGUAUUUGGUUAUUAAAGUAUUGGAGCUGAUUUGAUGACC